UUUAAAAAUAAUUUCAAUUCAAUUGAAAGACAAUAACUUUGAAUGUCUUCGGAUGUGUCACAGCAUUUGGUCCAAUACAUUGUGGUGAGGGGUGACCUGCAGUGGCCGGUCGGCGCUCUCAUAGGCAAUGCAUGUCACGCAUCGGUGGCCGCUAUUGUCCGACACAUGUCUUCGGGAGACAAACACACCAUUGAAUACAUCCAACACUUGGAGUCCAUGACUAAAGUGGUCCUCAAAGCGGACAACGAAGAGGUGUUGCGAGACGUUUGCCACAAGUUAUCCCAAAAUAGCAUUGCAUACCAUCUCUGGACAGAACAGCCCGAAGGCAUCAUCACAUGUGUGGCCACAACUCCGCGACCGCGCGAUGUCUUGAAACCACUUCUCAAUCAUUUGAAACUUUUUAAAUAAAUAUUUUUGAAAUUUGUAUUUAA